AGUAAUCUAUCGCUCUCGAUCUUUUAUUCACUGUCUCUCUUUGCUGUCGCAUCGUGAAGUUAUCUUAUCAGUAUUGAACACUACUGCCAGGCUGCGAAGUGAGAAUACCCCGAGGUCAGCGACGCGGCUUGAGAGUCUAUCGACACAACAACGAGUACAGUACAAACUCGACAUCACAAACCAAACAGACUAAAGGCUUCAUUCGUCCUUUUCAAUACACCUCGGCGGUGAGCCAAACGCGACAAGAAGUCGCCUAAUCACAGCCUGUUCCGUCGUCGCAAACACCUGUAUUGCGACCUCGACAGCAUCACUUCUCUGAUCAUUCCGAUCACCAACAUACCACCUUCUUUCACAACUACAAACCACCCACAAUGCUCUUCGGACUCUUCUUCGCCUUCUGGCGCUUCUCCCAAAUCCUCACCCUCAUCCCAGUAGUAGGCAUGCUCUCCUGGUUCAUCCACCUCUACGUCACCGCCAACGCCCUCACCCCCGACGCCAUCCUCGUCCUCUUUAUCGUCGUCGUCCUCGCCGUCGUCUGGGCCAUCGCCACCCUCUUCACCUACCACCGUUCCAAGAACAACGCCCGCUUCGUCGCCCUCAUCGACCUCGGCUUCGUCGGCGCCUUGAUCGGGGGCAUCUACACCCUCCGCGGCAUCUCGGAUGAUAACUGCACCGGUCUGACGUCGCCGACUUCGUACACGGCUAGCUUUGCGCUGCUGGGGAGUGUGAGGUUUGGGGGUUAUGGGAUUCCGUUGAGCAAGACGUGUGCGAUGCUCAAGGCGAGCUGGGCGCUGUCGAUUAUGAAUUGCCUGUUCUUUUUCUUUACUAGUAUGCUGGCUUACAUGCAUGGGGGACACAAGGAGGUGGUGGUGGUGAAGAGGGAGAGCCAUGGUAGCAGGCAUAGGCAUAGGUCGAGGAGGGGGAGUAGGGGUAGCAGAGGCAGCAGCAGGAGGAGUGGGGGGGGGAGCAGGGCUUAUGUUUAGGGAUGAAGAUGGAAGGGGAAAUCGUGGGAGUAUAUUUGGGAGGAUUUAACGGCCGAUUAUUUUGAUCGAGGGAGGGAAUGUAUGAUACCAUGCUGGCGUUUAUUUGGAUGUGUUAGAUAGAGACGCAACGUCUUGGGUCCAGACUUCAGGAUCGAAUGAAUGAUUUGAUUUUGUUGAAUCCUCGGCCCGGAAACAGGGAUCAGGGCCCUGAUACCGAAGCUGUGUCAGCCAGUUUCGUGAUCCUCCGGAUACUGGAUCUUCCGAUUCUAAAAGCUUCGAUUCUGAAGCUCUAGGGAACGGACCGAAACCAGGAGGGUUUCAGGAUCCGAGCCACGAAUAGGCAUAGGAAUAGAGCCCGUAACAGUAUAUAUAGUAGUUAGAAUAGCUUCAAUUUUAAGAAUAUGCAUUACAAAAUUA